ACAAAAACUUCUCUCCGCGACUGUACACGAUAUCACAUUUUAUAUUACGCUUUCGAAAUUGUCCAUCAGAGCAUUUUACAAUCGAUCCUUACACUCGUCACAAGUGUACUAUUGACAUUUUCCUCUCGAAACGAUAAUAGUCCAUUCAUUCGUUUCAGAUGGAUGUAUUUCGAACAAAGGGAGGACACCAAACAAGUCGCCGAGAUGGAGAACGUCAAUAAAGACGUAUAGCGCCAGACAUCCAACUCAAAGCAUUUAUUAUUAGUGAAAGUGUUAUUGGACAUUAUACAGUGUUUUGAAUAAAGUGUGAAUGUUUAAUAAAAACCUGUCGAGUUUCAACUUGGCUUUUAUUCGAAUUUUUAACGCGAAAACAAUCGGAUGUUUACAUUAACAUAGUGACAGUACGCGACGGAUCGCCCACUGUUUGACUUCAGUAACGUGUUAAGUUUAUUUUCGAUUUCUCCGAGUGUGUUUGUGGACGCAUUAAAGACUGAUAUGGCAACAUAAGAGUGUUUGCUUACAUACAGACGAACAAUAGGACGCUAGCGACGACCCAGCGCCGCCGGCUUACCAGUAAUUCAAUAUUAUACUGUAUUUAUCUUGGUGCUGUGAGGAUGUGCUCUCCAAUAUAACCACAAUGUGACCCAACUUUGAAGAUUUACUCGGAUCUCAGGCGAGGUAUACAUUCCUUGUUCCGUAUUUCAAUCUCCAGUGAGUAUUGAUUUUAUAUUUGAAAUUUUAUAAAGCACGUCGAUAGAAAACUACGAAAAUGGAUAAAACAGAAAAGACUGACGAGAAAAUGUCUCGCGAAGAGACGACGGAGGAGCUGCCUCUUAAAACAGAAGCUAAGAAUGACACGCAAAAUAUGACCUUUUUUGAGAAGAUGAAAUUCAUUAAAUCGAAUAUAACGGUAGAACCGGUUUUAGCUCUAUUUGUGAUGCCGAGUGUGUUGGCUAUGUUAGCGACGCAGAAUUUGAAUUUAGAGAAAGCAUGCAUGGUUAACUUAGGAUUCGGCGAUGGAGCGUGCACUGCUCUGAGGCUGAGAAAGCGCGCCAAUUACACAUUUGAAGAAGAAGAAGUACAGAAACUGAUAGCAUCAGUGCAAGCAUGGAAAAGUGUUGUACAUACAGCAGUACCGACACUCUUGAUGCUCUUCAUAGGAGCAUGGAGCGACAAAACAGGGAAGCGAAAGAUAUGUAUGUUGAUGCCAAUCUUCGGGGAGUUCAUGACGUGUGUAUUAAACAUGAUAAACACGUACUUCUUCUAUGAAGUCCCAGUGGAAUGGACGGUGUUUAUGGAGGUCAUAUUCCCAUCUCUGACCGGAGGAUGGUACACGAUGUUCCUCGGUACUUUUAGUUAUUUAGGCGACAUCACUUCUAAAGAUACAAGGACAUUCCGAAUGGGGCUGCUGAACUUAUGUAUGACAGUAGGAUUUCCCAUAGGAAUGGGCUUGAGUGGCAUCUUAUUACGAUAUCUAGGAUACUAUGGAGUAUUCUCUAUAUCUGCUCUAUUGCAGUUUAUCAAUUUCUGUUAUGUGUUGUUCUUUAUUGACGAUCACACUUGGCUCGAGAACAAAGACAAGGUGAAACGAACUGGUUGUACCGGUUUUCUUCUGGAGUUUUUCGACUUCCACAGUCUAAAAGAGACCGUUGAGAUUGCUUUCAAGAAAGGCCCGAAUAAUAGAAGACUGCGUAUAUGUCUCGUUUUGACUGUGGUCUGUUUGGUGUUUGGACCGAUGUGGGGUGAGCUAAGUGUGAUGUACAUAUUCGCGCGGUACCGGUUCAAUUGGGAUGAAGUGAAGUACAGCAUCUAUUCCACGUAUAGUCUCAUCACGCAUUCUGUUGGCACACUAUUCUCAAUCAGCGUGUUCAGUAGGAAGCUGAAGGCAGAUGACGCGGUGCUGGGCAUGAUAUCCACCAGCAGUAAAAUCUGUGGCGCCCUGAUGCUGGCCUUCGCUAGGACUGAUGUUGAAGCGUACUUAUCUCCACUCUUAGAAAUCUUAAACGGUACCACAACGAUCGCUCUUAGGUCGAUCGCAUCCAAACUAGUCUCCUCUCAAGAAUUAGGUAAAGUAUACUCGCUGUUCGGCGUGGCAGAAACCAUGAUGCCCAUAAUAUUCGCUCCACUAUACUCCAGGGUAUACAUCGCUACACUGAAUGUGCUGCCAGGAACUGUGUUCCUCGUGAGUGUGACGGCUACUAUACCUGCUCUUGGCAUAUUUGGAUGGUUCUACUAUCAACACAAACAAGACGAGAAAGAGAAAAGACUGAAUAUUAAUAUGCCCAAUACUCCGCCGCUGCCUGCAGAUGUCCCAGUAGCUCCUGCUUAAACAAUACUAUUAAAGCACAUUAUAAAGAAGAAAAUUCUCCUCGAAAAUAAAUGUAAUCCCCAUUUGACCUUGACCUUGGAACUUUAUUCAAAGACAAUACGACUACAUAUCAGUUAAUUCACUAAAGUCUUCUCACGUGUCUCGCUAAUAGUUAACUCUUGAUUCUAAAGGAUAUUUUGCCCUUGACCUUGAAGUAUGGUACAGAACGAUCUUUGUUAACUUUCUGCGUACAAAUAGUUUGACACUUCAAGGUUCAGAUCCUAAGGUUUGUUUAAAAUUGAAUUACCUACAGUUAAGAUUUAGUUUAUGUUAGGUUCCUAUUCAAAGCUAUGUUUACUUACACUAUUUCUCUCAGUAAACAAUAGUUUCUUUUGUGAUACUCCACGUAUCUCAAAGCAUAAGUGUUAAUAAGAUGUGUUUUUAUGAGACUUCAAACCAAUCAAGGUCAUUUCUUAAAAGAAAAUACAACAAAUAAAUUAAAUCACUUGCAUUUGUUAAAACGUCAUAUUUAUCGUUUUUCGCGAAGUAUUUUUUUUCUAUAUUCAAACAUUAAAUAAUGAAACCAUUACCUAUUUAAAUUGUAUGUGAAUAAUUGGAGCAUAUAAGCAGCUGCACCUGUAUGUUAUGCCUUCUUUUUAGAACUUUAAAAACUAUUAUUUUUAUAUGAAGUAUUACCAUAUUUAAAAUAAUUUAUUGUCUUCACAUUGUUUUGUUUUAAAUACUUGUAUUGAUUUUAUUAUAUGCGUUAAUAAGUAAA